UGCGGAGCUGAGUGCACUGCGGCAGGGAAACGCCGGUGAGUCUCCUGAAAGCCUCUUCCCCUUCCGCGGGUAGGUGCUGCACCAGCUGGCCCCUGGGGCCCUGGGGGUGAACCUGGUGGUGGAGGAGAGAAAAACCAGAGCGAGGCUUGUGCUGAAGCAGGUGGAAUGCCUGGACGAUCACCACGCCAACGAGGCCCUGGAGGAGCUGAUGCCGCUGCUGAAGCUUCGGCACGCCCACAUCUCCAUGUACCGGGAGAUGUUCAUCGCAUGGAACAGCCAGACCUCCCAGCUGCUGCUCUGCCUGGUGAUGGACUACAGCCGGGGCACCUUCCAGGAGGUCAUCCAGAAGAAGAGGGAGGCGAAGGAGGUCAUCGACUGGGAGUGGAUGCACAACGUGCUGGGCCAGGUGCUGGACGCCCUGGAGUUCCUGCACCGGCUGGACAUCGUCCACAGGAACCUCAAGCCCUCCAACGUGGCCCUGGUCAGCCGCAACCACUGCAAGCUGCAGGACCUGAGCGCCGCCGCGCUGAUGACCCACAAGGCCAAGUGGACCAUCCGAGCGGAGGAAGACCCCUCCCACAAGUCCUGGAUGGCGCCCGAGGCCCUGGACUUCUGCUUCACCCAGAAGUCCGACAUCUGGUCCCUGGGCUGCAUCGUUCUCGACAUGGUCACCUGCUCCUUCCUGGGGGCCACGGAGGCCAUGCUGCUGCGCAAGUCCCUGCGGAGCCAGCCGGACGGCCUGCAGGGCGUCCUGAGGACGGCGCGGGAGAGGCGGAUCACCCACGCCUUCUGCUCCCUUUUGCCCGAGAUGCUGCACAUCGACCCCUCGGAGCGGAUAACGGUCAGCGAGGUCAUUCGCCGGGCCCUGGAGAGCAGCAACUUCAGGGCCCCGAGGGGCGCCCUGGCGCCGUACCAGCGGGCCGUGCCUGAGUUCAUCUCGCGCAUCCUGCUGGAAGGCCACUUGGACAGCAUCUUAGAGGUCAUGCGCAACUUCCCCCGGCGGCCCGAGGUGCAGCUCGAGGUCAUGAACAGGCUCAUGACGAUGCCCAACGACCAGCUAGGUCUGCCAUGGCCGCCGGAGCAGGUGGAGCAGCUGGUGGCCGUCCUGAGGCGGCACCAGAGCGUCCUGGACGUCCAGCUGUGCGGCGGCGCCCUGCUGCUGCGCGUCCUGGGCCGAGCGCUGGCCCAGGACCCGGCCGAAGAGACCCCGAGGGACAGCGAGAUCGCCGCCUUCCUGCUGAGCACCGUGCGGAGCCACCCGGACUCGCGGCAGCUCCAGGUCAUCGCCUACAGCCUCCUCACCGUCAUCUGCGGCCAGGGGCACGCCACGGAGGAGCUGCAGAAGGCCGGGCUGCUGAGGCACGUGGUGGAGCACCUGGGCGCCUGGGCCGACCACAGGGACAUCUGCCUGGCCAGCCUGCGCCUGCUCUGGACCCUGCUGGUGGAUGCUGACACCUCGAGCAAGGACCUGCUGAAGAAAGCCCCGGACUCCAUCACCAAGUUGCUGGCCGCCUACCCCACGGACGCGGACAUAGCCGAGGCCGGCUGCGCCAUCCUCUGGCUGCUGUCCAUGCUGGGCUGCAUCGAGGAGCACCUGUUCGAGGAGGUGGCGUCCCUGCUGCUGCAGAGCAUCCGGCUGCGCCAGGACGGGGCCCUGCUGGUGAACAACGCCUACCGGGCACUGGCCGGCCUCGCCCAGGUGUCCGAGCUGGCGGCGCUGCGGGUGGUGGUGCCGGAGGCGCAGGGCAGCGGCCUGGCCCUGGUCCGGGAGACCUACGCGCGGCACAGGGACGACCCGGAGGUGGUGGAGAACGUGUGCCGGCUGCUGGUGCAGCUCGCCUCCUACCGGGACAUCCUGUGUGAGCUGGAGUCCAGCGGCAUCAGGGCCCUGGCCCAGGAGAUCAAGGAGCGCUUCCCCUCCAGCCUGGAGCUGGUCUCAUACGCAGAAAGCCUGCUCCUGAGACUGGGCGAGGCUGGGCUGCCCUGCUCUGCUGGGGGGCCGGAGGCUCUGGCCUGAGGACCCAGACACCCCACCAGCACCGGAGCCUCCUCCCUGCCUCCUGAAGUCGUGCACCUGAAGGGCGUUCUCCCUAGGGCGGGGCGGGCAGCCUCGGCCCUGGCCCUGAUGGGGGGGGGGGGGCACACUGGACGCGCAGGCCUCCCGACCACCCUGAACAGGGAAC